CCCCAAGCAACGAACCGAGCACUCGAACGCCACUUAUCAAAUAUGAGUGACGCGCCAUCAAAGAAAGCAAAGAAGAGUAGCAGAAGGUUGCUGGACUCGAUGCCGUACUCGACGGCGUUGCAGCGCAGAAGAGUGGAGGAGACGCAGAAGCUUCGGGAAGAGGUGGAGCAAUUGGAAGCGAUUCUCAAAACGAGGCAAACCCAUAGAGUGCUUACGGAAGUGUCACACUCAGUGGGGGCGGGUCAGCCGCACGCGAAUCAGAGCUCUGCAUGGACAAGAGUUACGACGGAGUAUAAGAAGCGCCGGUAUGCCGAGGACGUGAACGCAGAACUCCGGGCAAUUCAAGCGCAUCUGAUGACGCUAAACACAGAAAUACGUCGAGUCGUACAGCGGGUUGACGUAGUUUCCUGCUCUUGAAGACAACUUGACUGUCGCAUUUCGAAGUGAAACUAAGAGCCACGAAGCUCUCAAGAGCUACUUGGAGACGAAUACUAUCACUCCAAUGGCGUGCACGACGAAACAAGCUGCUGACAUUCUGUGGACGAUCCUGUCUCAAUUGAGCGAGGGGAGUGACGAUUCUUGUCGCUUUGUGAAUCGAAACAGUCCCGAUCAAAAUAAAGUGAACUCGACAGUGCGACUACACGACGGCAGGUUGAUCCUGAACGCAGUGUGCGUUUUCCACAGAUAUGACGAAUGCGAACACAUGGUGCUAGUCGGGACAACUAGGUGGGCUUUUCCCACUAGUGGAAUUCGAUUUGAAGGUCACCACUGGACUGUUAUUUCUCCAAAGCUUUCAGAUCCGUCAUACUCGUCGGUGGUCCAGAGCUGCUACAGGUUGCAGCCGAAGGUUACGGAUGCUGCAUCGAUCCUACCAACAGAUCUGGAGAGUGCUCGGGGGUUAGUCAUGGGCAUCCUUGGGAAGAAAAUGCUUUCAGCGAUGCAGCUGAUGCAGAAUGCUCUUCUCUGUCAACUUGAUCUGGGACCAUGUAUGCUGAAAUAAACUCGCCAUACGGGUGUUUAAUUCGACCAGCUCACGAGUUCACACCUAUUGCGCUGUCCGUACUACUUACGUAGCCAGGAUACGAUCCACAUUAUGCAGUUGUUUUACUAUUUUACUGAGGAAGUCAAUUAUCAAUACAUUUACGAUAACGUUUUGAUGCAAAAA